AAGAAUCUCUACUUAAUGGUUUUUGGAUGUUUCGUUCCCUCGCUUCUUCAUUUUGUUGUAUCACGAGGCUCUACUCUUCUUUCUGUCUCUCUGUUUCUAUACACAGACAAGACAACACUCAAUCUAUCCACAGUUUUCAAGAGUGAACAAGAAAAAAAAAAUCAAAAGAUAAGGAGAGCAAAUUGCUUCUUCAUCUUCGCUUUCUAUACACAGCUCUCCACAACAUCUGCUUGUAGAAAACCAGAUAGUGAAUCCGAAAACAUUAUGAGUUUCGACAAGUCCCUUCAAGAACUCAGAGACCUGCGUUCACAGCUGCAUUAUGCAGCAGAUUACUGCGAAUCAACAUUCUUGAAUGUUGAAGAGAAGAAACUGACUGUGGAGAACACAAAAGAGUACAUACGCAGAGCUGUGGUUUCUGUUGUUGAUCAUCUGGGAUGCAUCUCUGCUAAUCUCAAUCACAUCAUUUCUAAGAACAAUGAAUUUUCUGAGGCUGAACUUAGAAUUAAUACCUUAAAGCAACUAAUUUUCUUGCAGAGACUUCUUUCGUGUGAACAAUAUGCUCACAAGCUUGCUCUAACAAGAGUAAGAUGGAAGUCAAACUGGCCAAAAUUUCACCGCCGCUACUUAUCAACUCCAAUCACAAAUGUUGAGAUUGACAAGUCAAAUGGAGAUGAAAGGAACCUCAUUAAUUGUCCAGAUUCUCCAAUUACCAAAGAUAAACAUGGAUUUAAAGCAGAGGACUUGCCACUUCACUUGUACAAAUGCGCACUGCCUGUUCGUGAUGGCCUCUCAGUACUGUCUAAAGGUCCAAUUCCCACUUUUCAUUUUCAGGAAAUUUCUCAGAAGCAUGGACGUUAUAGAUUGUUCAGACAAUCAGCAAACAGUAGCGGCGAAAUCUCCUCGCUAAUUCGACGAAUUAAACGAACAACAUGAAUUAUUUGGAAAAUUCCAUGUAUUUCUCUUGCUUUUUAUUGAAAAGAUGAUAAAAGCUUUAACACUGUAGUUGUUUGCGUUCAAGGAUCAAUAGGGUCCCCAAGAGCAAUUACGAUGAUACCAUUUGGAUGUGGAAUUAGUUUAUUGUUGCUUUUUCUA